AUGUUCUUUAUAAAACGGUAUCCUGACUAUAAAUCAAUAUGCAUAUGCACUCGGUUUUACAGCUUCGCAAAAAAAUCUCAUUAUGAUGUCCUCAAUUUACGUAAGAACUGUUCUGACAAAGAUAUUAAGGACGCCUACAUCAAACUCAGUAAAGAGUACCAUCCUGAUAUGAAUAAAAAUGCUAGAGCUCAGGAGCAGUUUGUGCAGGUACAGGAAGCUUAUAAUGUACUCGGCAAGCCAAGUACUAGAGCUCAGUAUGAUAGCAUGAUUGAAAUAGAAAUAAAUAGUGCCUCAUAUUCUUAUAGACCCCAUGUACCAUACAACUUACGUAAUAAUCCUCAAUAUGGAUUCUACCAAGAGAAUAGGUCAACUGGUAACAAGUCAAAUUCAUAUUAUGGAGUGAAAGGUGUAAGCAAAUUACCAAAUACGGCUAUUAUAAUGCUAUGUUUUGGAAUUGCCAUCGUGGGAGUGAUUUUACAAGUUGUUGUUAUCAGAAAUGCAUAUCUUGCGCAUCGGCGACAAAUACGUGAAAAGUCUAAGAUGCUUGCUGAAGAACUGGACAAAGUGCGUGCUUCAGCUCAGGGCAAGAACAACGAGGCACAAACACGCAUGAUGCUGGAGAAGAUUGUAACGGCCGCGAACCCAACCGUGGCGACAGCUUCCCUAGGACAGGCGUUGGCGAAUGAAAAAAAGUGA